AUGCCAGAAGUACCAGAUGCGAUAACAAAAGUACCAGAAAAUUUGGCUAUUGAUGAUGACCAGUUACUUAAUAACGGAAGCAGCACCAGUUCAGAAGUAAGACCAUCUACAAAAGAUGAAGCUCCUCAAGACAUGAAUUCUCAAUCAACACAACCUCUAGCCAAUGACACACAGCAAGCACAGGACCUCAUCCAACAACAAAGUGAACAAGAAACACGGUGGUAUCCUCCACCCUUCCCGUCCAGGCUGAAAAAGAAAGACGACAGCAAGAAAUUUCAGAGGUUUCUGGAUAUUCUCCAACAGCUACACAUUAAUAUUCCCCUGAUAGAAGCAUUAGAGCAGAUGCUGAGUUAUGUGAAAUUUCUCAAGGAUAUUCUCGCCAACAAGAGAAAGAUUGGGGAAAGUAAAACAGUUGCACUAACAUAUGAGUGCAGCGCUCUGUUUCAAAAUACUCUCCCUACUAAAAUAAAGGACCCUGGGACUUUUACAUUGCCCUGCACCAUAGGAGGGAAGAUAGUCGGAAACACGCUGUGUGAUUUAGGAGCAAGCAUAAACUUAAUGCCCUUGUCAAUUUUUAAAAACCUGGACAUCGGCGAAGCAAGGCCAACCACGAUCACAUUACAGCUAGCUGAUAGAUCGAUAAAGCUUCCUGAGGGCAAGAUAGAAGAUGUUCUCGUGCAAGUGGACAAAUUUAUCUUCCAAGCAGACUUUGUCAUAUUGGAUUAUGAGGCCAAUAGAGAGAUUCCUAUCAUCCUAGGAUGCCCAUUUCUUGCCACAGGGCGAACAUUAAUCGAUGUGCAGAAAGGAGAAUUGACCAUCCAGGUCGAUGAUCAAGAAGUAAAAUUCAAGGUACUCAAUGCAUUGAAGUACCCAUGA